AUGGAAACCAAGGCGGAGGGGUCUUCCCGUGUUCGUAAUAGCCCCAUUUGGCGCAACAUUUGGCAGCUCCAUAUCCCAAAUGCUGAGAAACAUUUCCUUUGGCGUGCUUGUCACGAUAUCCUGCCUACUAGAGUCAAUAUGUGCUCUUGUAAAGUCAUCAUGGAUCCUAGUUGUCCCAUAUGUAUGAGGGAGUUUGAAACUGUUUUCCACACUUUAUGGCAGUGCCCCUCGGCAAGCGAUGUGGUUGAAGCAAUGUUUAGCAAGCAUGAUAGACUAGAAUUUUUACAGUUUGUGGGUAUAGCUCGACGCAUUUGGCUUAGACGGAAUGAAGUCAUCCAUGGUAGGUCUUUCCUAAACCCAAACCGCAUUGUCCAGCAAGCAACUCAGGCGAUGGAGGUAUUCCAAACACUGAUGGAUAGGAGGAAGAUAACCGCUGCACCUGCUGAACAACCCACUGUUCAUACAUGGAUGGCCUCUCCCCAUGGCUGGUUCAAGGCAAAUUGGGAUGCCAGAGUUGAUAGACGGAAGGGAUGCGUGGGUUUUGGGAUAGUUAUUCGCGAUCAUCUGGGGCAGAUGUGGGCUUCGAAAUGUCAGACUUGUCAUGGGUUUCUCGAUCCACCAGCAGCGGAAGCCGUAGCCUCUUUUAUGGUCGCUCAACUCUGUACUGAAAUGGGGAUAAGGCAGGUUCAACUGGAAGGCGAUGCAAAGAAUCUCAUUGAUGCAAUAACCUCUAACGACGCUGAUGAGAGUGGAUGGGGCCAACUUACAAAGGAUAUUCGAUUUACCUUGCGAUCUAUUCCUGUUUGGGAAAUGCGUUAUACACGUAGAGAAGGAAAUAGGGUGGCCCAUAUUCUGGCUAGGUUGGCUAUGCAUGAAACUAUGAAUACGGUGUGUCUCUAUAACCCACCGGAUUGUAUACGUGAUAUUUUGCAAGCAGAGAUUUCUGUUUUGUAG